AUGUCGGAUUGGGUCCCGCCCUUCCGCCUCACGGCUCUCAAGGUGUUGUCGUGGAGAUUCGCGGGCGCGGGGAUUCCAUUGUGGAUUGAAUCUCAGAGGCACAUGUCGGAGCUUGAUUUGUCUGAUACUGGAAUCUCCGGUACCAUCCCAAGCUGGUUCUGGGAGAUUCCGUUCUUGAAUCUGACCGAAAACGAUCUCUGCGGUGAGAUUCCGAAUCUAAGCCGAGCUCGGUAUGUAUACCUGAGCUCGAACAGGUUCAGUGGCUCGCUGCCUAGAGUUGGAGAUGCUUUGGUUGAGAUGGACUUGUCUGACAACUCGUUCUCGGGUUCCAUGACUCGGUUCGUGUGCAAUAGCUCGUAUACUCAUAAAGUCGAGAUCCUUCAUUUGGCGGCAAACCAACUGAAUAGAGAGUUGCCAGAUUGCUGGAAGGAAUGGGCGUCGCUCAAGUACUUGAAUCUAGGUGAUAACGAAUUGUCCGGAGUCAUCCCAAAUUCGAUAGGCUUUCUUGCAAAUCUGCAGUCUUUGAAUCUCUAUCGCAACAAUUUUUCGGGCUUCAUACCUUCUUCGUUGCAUAAAUGCAAUCAGCUGCUGAAGAUUGAGCUUUCGGAGAAUCAUAGCUUGCAGCCGUGGAUUGGAACAACCUUAGUUGAGAUCGAUCAAUUUCAACGGUGA